AUGAAAUUAACUAAUUAUGUGAUUUUUUUCUUAAAUAUUUUAAACUUUUUUGCUUUAUUGGAAGGUGCAGGGGAUAGUAAAGGAAAGGAAAAACUGAUUGGGACUACAAGCGGUAGUGAAAAAAGAAAUGAUUUAGAUGUUCAAUAUACGCGUAAGUUGCUAGAUUUGUCUAAUGUGAAAAGAAUAAAUAAAAAAUUCAAUCUUAAUUGUAGUGUUGGAAUGGAAGUUUAA